UUCCUUAGCAAUCACACCAAACCCUUCCAUUACCUUCUUUGAGUUCAUAUCUCGUUAAUUCUUACAAGGCAAGUAUGGGAAUCAUCAACUACUCGCGAGAGGUCACGAGUGUAAUUGCCCCAUCAAGGAUGUUCAAGGCUUUGGUCCUUGAGUCACACAAUAUCCUACCCAUGAUUAUUCCCGAGGGCAUCAAGAGCGUGGAGUUCAUUGAGGGAGAAGGCGGAGUUGGUAGCAUCAAGAAGACCGACUAUGGUGAAACUGCCCACAUCAAGUACACGAAGCACAAGAUCAAUGCUCUCGAUGCAGAUAAUUAUUACUGUAAAUAUACUCUAAUAGAAAGCGAUAUCAAGUUCGACAAGAUCGACUUCAUCGUAGAAGAAGUAAGAUUCGUCGCAGCUGAUAGCGGAUGCAUCUGCAAGAUGACCAGCGAGUACCAUGUUAAGGAGGGUGCUGAGCUGAAGGAGGAGGACAUCAAGAAGGGUAAAGACAAAGCUAUGGGAUUGUUCAAGGCUGUUGAGGAGUACCUUCUGGCCAACUCCAAUGUUUGCGCCUAAAUGCUUUCAUCAAAAUCCUUUCUCGAGUGAUUAUGUAGUAAAUCGGGUGGAAAUUUUGUAUCAUAUCUUCUGUUUCCUUUUUAGCUCUGCCUCGGAGCCUUUGGGUGAGGAAAUGUUUGUCUUGUGUGAUUUGUAUUGUAUCUUCUAAAGGAUGUGAUAAUUGUGUGUAAGGUCAUGCCGAAAUAAAAAUUGAAAAAGCAACGUGCAAUCCAAUGUAUUAUAAAU